AGGCUAGAGGAGCUUCAACACGCGAUGGAAUUUGUCAAGGCCCUCAAAAAUGCGUCUCUCGAGGAUUCCGGACUCGAUCCAGGGGUAAUCGAACGCAUGCGUAAUCCGGGCCAGGAUGGAGACUUACCAGACCUCAAUGCACCCGAAAACCAUGCGCUCCGUCUGGCCCUCAGACAGUUCAUCAUCAACGGUCACUCGGAGCAGGCGUACCGGGAUAAUCGGGACUCGGUCAUGCAAUUCAUGCCAGACCUCUCUCUGCCGACCUACGAGGCCAUCCAAAAAAUCGUGGAGGACCUCAGCGGUGUGGUACCCAUCGUGACCGACAUGUGCCCGGAGACCUGCGCAGCAUACACAGGCCCCUUCGCCGCUCUGGAUCACUGUCCUCACCCGGACUGUAAUGAGCCGCGCUACGAGAUGCGCGGCAACAAACGCGUGGCCCGUCGGACGUUCCAGACCAACCCCCUGGGUCCACAAGUGCAGGCGCUCUACCGAUCGCGACAUUGCGCGCAACGUAUGCGAUAUCGCGAGCAGGUAAUGGAGCGUUUGUUGGGUAUGGCAAAUGCCCACAAGAUGGUCGAGGUCGCCGAAGAUGUCUUCUUUGCGGAGGAGUACCUGAAACAUGUCGAGGCUGGGACUAUCCGAGAGGAUGAUCUGGUACUAAUGUUCUCUCUGGACGGCGCCCAGCUUUAUGAGUCGAAGCAAUCUGACUGCUGGAUCUAUAUCUGGGUUCUCUUCGAUCUCGCUCCUGACCUGCGCUACAAGAAGCGCUACGUACUUCCGGGGGCAAUUAUACCUGGGCCGAAAAAACCGAAGAUUGUCGACUCUUUCCUGUUUCCGGGUCUCUAUCACGUCGCGGCGCUUCAGAACACCCCCCUCAAGAUCUGGGAUUCUCAUGCGCAGAAGAUCAGGCACUCGCGCCCCAUCAUUUUCUUUGCUACUGGCGACACACCUGCAAUGGCGUACAUAAAUGGUCUGGUAGGACACUCUGGGGCACAUGGUUGCCGUCUCUUUUGCCCUCUGAAGGGACGGCGAAAACCUGGCGGCGGUGGGCACUACUAUCCAGCCAUGCUCAAACCGGCCGAUCCGAGCUACGCGCGAGUACGCGGGAGCCAACAUCCGGACUACUUGCUUCGUUACCCCCCUCCUACUGCCGAGACUGGCUCGGAGCGGUACUGGCGUCAACUCGGAGAGGUCCUGGUUUGUCAAACCCAGUCUCAGUAUUACUCUAAGCGCCUCGAGACAGGCAUCGCGAAGCCUUCGAUUUUCAUGGGUCUUCCGGUCAACAUCGGUUUUCCGGGGAGUUUCCCUGCCGACAUUAUGCACUUGCUGACGCUGAAUGUGACUGAGCUUGUUAUUGGACUUCUGCGCGGCAACUUCAAACGAUCUGAUUCUGAUUCUGUGGCUGACUGGGAUUGGGCUUGUCUCCUUGACAACGACACUUGGCAGGCGCACGGAAAACUGGUUGGCGACGCAUCUCUCUACCUCCCUGGGUCUUUCGAUCGCCCUCCUCGAAACCCCGCUGAGAAGAUCUCCAGUGGGUAUAAGGCUUGGGAGUUUAUGUACUAUGUCUAUGGUAUGCUACCUGGGUUUCUAUGGGCGGUCCAAAAACCGAAGUAUUACGGCCACUUCUGCAAGUUAGUUGCCGGCGCUCGUGUCUCGCUCCUGCUGAAGACGCGCAUCAAGUUGCGACCCCCUGCUCAUUCUCUCUUGGUCGAGUACGUCGAGGAAUUUGAGGAAAUGUAUUACACUCGUCGUGCGGAUCGCCUUCAUUUCUGCCGCCAGGCUCUGCAUGGCCUAGUCCACCUCAUGCCAGAAAAUGUUCGUGUCGGCCCCGCUUGGCUGCACUCCCAGUGGCCCCUCGAAAACGCGAUCGGUAAUCUCACGGCGGAAAUAGGGUCCCAUUCGAAACCACGAGCAAGAAAAUCAAUAUGUUGGAUCGAUAUCGAGCUUCGCAUGUAA